UCACAACCAUCCACUCCACCAGCCAUGGCUGCGAUUGCUCCCUCUUCUGCGCACCUGGCUCUCCGCGCUUCCUGCGCGCGGGCCGCUGAUGGAUCCUCCGCCACCUACGAAUCCUCCGCAACCUCCCGCGCGAAACCUGCUCCGCGACCGCUAGCGCUGCCCCAGCGAGCUGCGACGGAGCCGUCCGCGCAACCCGCAUCCGCCUCAGCAGAACCGACCGUCUCUCGCCGCGCGUCUCUCGCGAUUCUCGCCUGCCUUUCCGCCACUACCGUCGUGGGAGCGCCGAGAGGAGCAGAAUGGGGGACUUGGGGGACUUCCGACAGCUCCCGUGCCGUCCCGGACUGGUUCCUCCCCCCCUCCGCGAUCGCUGCGGAGGAUUCCGCCUCGUCGUCGUCGCAGGCGACGUCGCAGCAGCGCAUCGUGCGACUGCGCGACGUGGACGACAGCGAGCUUCAGGCGGCGCUGCGAGCGGCGGUCGCGGGCGACUUAGAGACGGCGGAGGAGAUGUUCAGCCGGCUGAUCGCACGGCUCCCGGAAAGCGCAUCCAUGUGGUCCAAUAGGGGGUCCGUUAGAAUGUCCCUGGGGCGGUACGAGGAAGCGGCAGAGGACUUUGCGCGCGCGAUUGAGCUGGCGCCGACCGCGCCCGUGCCGCUCUUGAACCGAGGGAUCGCGCUGGGGGCAUUGGGGCGGUACCGGGAGGCGCUCAAGGACUGCCAAGCGGCUGUGAAUGUGGACCCGCAGGAGCCAGCGGCGUGGUUCAACCUGGGCAUGGUGGAGAGCCGCCUCACCCACUACGCCGCGUCCCUGGACGCUCUGAAGAAAGCCGCGCUGCUCGCACCGGGCAUAGCUGGUUACCGCAUGGCCACGGCAGUGGUGCUCGUGCAGGUGGGGUCCACAAACCAGGCGGAGCAGAUCCUGAAGGCGCUCGUGCGCAAGUACCCCAACUACGCUGAGGCACAUGCAGCGCUGGCAGCGGUGUCGUGGCAGAAGGGCGAGACGGCCGAGGCGGAGGAGCAGUUCUCCCGAGGCUCCGCGCUGCAGCCACAGCUCAAGAACCUGGAAUGGGUGAGCGACAACUAUGACUGGACACCACGUCUUACCGAGUCCUAUCGCCGGUUCCUAGCUGUUGAUUGAUGAAUGAUAAGAUUCUGUUCUAGUCCUUCCCAAUUUUGUAUCGUACUACGGAACCCAAAUUGUGUUCAGUGUGCCCAAUUGAAGCGUCCUCCCUCCCUAGGGUUGGGCAAAUUUCUCUGUUGGUCGUUCAUGUGACGGACCGAUACGAACAAUGCGGAAACUCUACGAGUACACAAAACUGGCGGAGU